CUUCCAUUUAUGUGUAUAAAUACAAUGUUCAGUCAUCCUCUUCCUCACACAUAAGUUAUUUCAAUUAUAAAGUUCAACCAUGACGAUUGUGGAGAUGAGAGUGCACAUGGACUGUCUUGGAUGCAAAAACAACAUAGAGAAAGCCCUCAAAAAAUUGAAUGGAGUGGAUAACGUUGACAUAGACAUGUACAUGCAAAAAGUGACGGUAACCGGGUCGGUUGAACAAAAAAAGGUACUUAAAACCGCAAGGAAGACGGGACGGACGGUGGAGCUAUGGCCGUACCCGUACAACCCAGAAUAUCAUGGUUAUGCUCAAUCCUACUACAAUCAAUAUUACACAAGUGAAAGUCCAGCUAAUUACUACUAUGGAAGUCCAACCAGUUACUCUCCCUCUACGUACAACUAUCAUGAGCACGGAUAUAACUACUAUGCAAAUCCAGCCAGUUAUUAUUCGAAUUCCAAGGCUCCCUCUACGUACAACUAUCGUAAGCACGGAUAUAAUGGUCACAGCCAUGGUUACUAUCAGCAGCCACCUUCCUCUACCGUCUUUGAUGAGCGGACCAGUUCAAUGUUUAGCGACGACAAUGCCACUGGCUGUUCUAUUAUGUGAUGUCUGUGUAUUCAAACAAUGGUGAUUUUGAGAGACUAUGCUUCCUUUCUAUCCCUCUUUCUAGUGUCUUAUGUGUGUGGAGGUGCGAAGGGCUCAACCUGGUGUGGAAAGAUUCGAGCCAUUCGACCACCCAGAACAGAAAGUGUUGCUGUCAGCCACUGUCCCCAGCAGUUUUUCAUUUUACUGAAAAAAAGGCUAAAUAAAGCACGUGUGGCACACGUUGUACCUUGUCAUGUCUGUGUUUUGCCUAAGACAGGACCUGUCUUCCUGUUUAACUCGGGUGUCCAAGGAAAAAAACUCGUAUUACUGUUGCUUAAAAAUAUCUGUUCUACAAUA